AUGAAGAAAAGGGAAAUAAAAAAAAUCUGCUUCCUAUACCUACAGAUCAUUGUCUUCUACUCAUUUGUGGUUAGCUCCAUGAUAUGUGGAAAACAUUACAGCCAAAAAAGAAGCGAGUUGAAAAUUAUAAAAAGAGUAAGCCCCUUUGGGAGAAAAAAAAUAAAUAGGGUUAAAUGCAAUUCUUUGCUUUACUUAAAAAAUUGCGACCUAAGAAACAGCAAGGGGAGGAACUCCUACCUUGGGGACAUACUGGAACAUCUGUCCGGAGGCCAGCCGCCGCGGAAUUCAAACAUUGAGCAGUACAAACUAACCCCAAAGCUCAGAAAAACGGUGCAGUUCUUUCAAGCCCUUCCGAAUGAUCCCUAUCGCAAAAGCCAAGAAGUGAUACUGCUGGGGAGGAAGUGCCCGCCGAUGCCGGAAGAAUUAAAAAACAGACAAAACCAAGUGUUGGGCUGCCAGUCAACUGUGUACGUUUACCCCACGGUGGAGACCCGUGCGGGGAAGAAGAUCAUUACGUGGUUAGGGGAUUCAGACGGACUGCUGACCAAAGGAAUUGUGUACAUCUUAGUGGACGGCCUGAGUGGUUACCCCCCUGAGGAGAUAUUACGCGUAAACCCAGACUUCAUUAUGCUGACCGGCAUCUCGGAAUUUCUCACCAUGAGCAGAAUAAAUGGCUACUUAAACAUCAUGAACAAGAUCAAGGCGUUCUCCACCAGCAUUAUGCAGAACGGGGAGCAGUGA